AUGGGUCAGUCUGAUGACGUCAAAAGUGAGCAGGACUGGGUCCUGGAGACCAAGACCUGGUACAUCUCUGACGUCACGCUCAAAUACCUUGACCUCAUCCUGACGGUCACCGUCCACGGGCUGAUAUCCGUCCUGGGGGUCGCGUCCAACGCCGUCAACAUGAAGAUCUUUGCCCAGCUUGGCCUGAGGGACAGCAUGAGUGUCGGGCUGUUCGUGCUGUCCUUCACCGACCUAGCCGUGACGGCCAUGCAGGUAGCCAGCUGUUUCUCCUACCUGGUCGAGGUCGUCUAUCCCACAAGCCCUAUUGACCCCUGGUCGCUCGGCCACUUCGCCUUCAGCUGGGCCAGGUACAUUUCGUUUCUCAUAUCCUGCUGGAUCACCACCUUAAUCACCACUGAAAGGUGUUUUUGUGUGGUGUUUCCGUUCAAGGUGAAACAAGUCUUCACCAUACCGCGGUGUAUUUUGGCGACGUUAUUAAUCUACGUCGUCCAUAUUGGUAUCCAUUUACCCAUCUAUGCGUAUGCUCAAAUGGCUUGGGUAGAUGUGCCAGAGAUAUCUCCUUAUGGGGAUUUAAUGAACACAAGUAGAGUCGUCUUCACAGUCACGUUCACAGAACUCUCCGCAACAUGGGAGAUAAUCGCCGACAUGGUCGCUGGAGUAACUCUGUCUGUCCUGUCCCAGGUUAUCCUCAUCUUCUGCACGCUCUACAUGAUCUACAGCUUGAAGAAAUCUUCCCAGAUCCGCAAGGGAGAGAAAUCUUCAAGUCUCGGCAAUGACGCAGACACAAGCGGAGACAACUUAUCGCAAAGGGAGAGAAGGCUGGUCAAGGUGGUGCUGCUUCUGGCCCUUGUUCUGACGUCAUGCAACGUCCCGCGGUUCAUGGUGAUCGCCAUCCACCACCUGUUCCCAGGUAUGAAUAUCGGCGCCUACCAGAACCUCAACACCAUCCUCUGGGACAUCUCCUACAUAGCCGGUACCAUCUACUGCUCCAGCACCAUCUUCAUCUACCUCAAGCUUAACACCAGCUACAGAAAGGUGUUCAUUAAUCUGUUUCAACCAGGUGUUUAA